AUGGUCCGAAUCCUCUUUCUCGCCACUUUGCUCAUGGCCAGCGCCAUCAAUACUCAGGCUGCCCAGUUCUGCCAGUGCCUCUUCCAAGAUGGCUCGCACUGCUGCGUUUACUCGGAUCCCGCGAUUGGCAACCUCGACUGCCAGCGCUGGUGCACCAACGCCCACCGCGCUGAUGGUGCAACCAACCCUCGCAACCCUCUUGAGGUCGGCACCGCCUGCAACGCCGGUGGAAAGUACGGCACUGUCAGUGGCUGGAACGCUCAGUUCCGCACUUCUUGCUACAAGCAGUAG